AUGUCAGGAGGAGCGCAGCAACAAGGAGUGAGCCUCGAUCAGUUGAGCGCCCAACAGCUCACGGCCGUCAAGAAGCAGUUGGAUGAGGAGGUUGAGCACCUUACCACAUCGUUUGCGCAACUGCAGGCCGCACAGAUCAAAUUCAAGGACUGUCUGCGCUGUGUAAAGACCCAGGGUGGCACCCCAGACAAGAAAGAUAUUCUAGUACCCCUGACCAACUCGCUCUAUGUCAAGGGCAACAUCUCAAGCCCCGAUCGAGUGCUGGUGGACGUGGGCACGGGGUUCUACGUGGAAAAGAAUGUGAAGAGCGCUGCAGAGUUCUACGAGGGAAAGGUGAAGGAUUUGGCUGGCAAUAUCACAGACCUGGAAGCAAUCAUUCAGAACAAAUCAAGUUCUUUACGGGCUGUUGAAGAAGUCCCCUUCAUGAGGCUUGCAGCAACGCGCAAGAGGCAAAGGCGUUGA